AGUAGCAUGUGAGAUAAAUAAGAGAGACUCUUAACUGCUCCCUGCAUUGAUAGCUAACACUGAUUGUUUCAUGUAUUAUUCAACUGAUAUGUGGAAGUACAGGUGUUUGAUUACGUUUUAUGAAGAUUACAGCAAACUGGCUUGUAGUCUUUGCUAUCUUGCUUCUUAUGGUUAGAGGUUUUAUCUCAUGUAGUUGCUAUAGGUUGAGGGGCAGACUGGGGAAGUUAUUUUCGAUCACUUGCAUGCAACUGCGUUCCAGUACACUCCUUUGGGAAGAACUAUUCUUGGACCUGCUCAGAAUAUUAGGACAAUCACAAAAGAACAUCUCCAGAGCUAUAUUCAAACACACUACACAGCUCCGAGAAUGGUCAUUGCUGCUUCCGGAGCUGUGAAGCAUGAAGACGUUGUCGAGGAAGUAAAAAAAUUGUUUACAAAGUUGUCAGCAGAUCCCACCACAGCUACUCAACUAGUUGCAAAAGAACCAGCAUUUUUUACCGGUUCUGAGGUUAGGAUAAUUGAUGAUGAUAUGCCUCUGGCACAAUUUGCGGUUGCUUUUAAUGGAGCAUCUUGGACAGAUCCAGAUUCCAUUGCGCUGAUGGUAAUGCAGGCUAUGCUGGGUCCAUGGACUAAAAGUGCUAGUGGUGGAAAGCACAUGGGUUCCGAGCUGGCACAGAGGAUUGGCAUUAAUGAAAUUGCAGAAACCAUGAUUUCUUUUAACACCAACUAUAAAGACACUGGUCUAUUUGGUGUUUAUGCUGUUGCUAAGCCGGAUUGCUUAGAUGAUUUGGCAUAUGCAAUAAUGUAUGAGACCACCAAGUUAUGUUAUCGAGUUUCAGAAGCUAAUGUUAUUCGUGCGUGUAAUGAGUUGAAAUCUUCUCUGAUGCUUAGAAUUGAUGGAACAAGUCCUGUGGCUGAAGAUAUUGGGCUCCAGUUACUUACAUAUAGCCGAAGAAUCCCAUUCGCCGAAUUAUUUGCCAGAAUUGAUGCGGUUGAUGCAAGCACCAUUAAACGUGUUGCAAACAAAUUUAUUUUUGACAAGGAUAUUGCAAUUGCUGCGAUGGGGCCAAUCCAAGGUUUGCCUGACUACAACUGGUUCAGACGGAGGACCUACUGGAACCGCUACUAGUCUGCUUUAAAAUUUUUGCCUUUUUAUUGUGUAUUACCCUGGUUGGGUGGUCUGGUCUCAGAUAACUUGCAUUUUUUUGAAAUCAAUGCCCUUAGAGAGCUGGCAUUUUAAUUUAUCGAUUUUAUGUCUUUUUUUUUUUUCUUUUUUUUUUUUUGUAACAUUGCGUAUAAAGAAAUUAGGGUAUGCUUCCAUCAAUGUUGCGAUUCUGAAUUACAAGACACUGAAUUCCUCCCAUGUUUCCAAGCAAAAUUCAAAGUUCUAUCGGCUAAUAUCAUUUUGUGACAUUCCUCAUUUGUUUGAAUCUGCCAAAUGAAUGUGGGUGUCUUC